CCUGCGAUGUCUGUGUACAGCCCACUCUCUGCCUCGCUGUGGACUUUUAUCCUGUGCUCGGCUUUCAGCGUGUGGACUUCGGUUAGAGGUGAGGUUCUGGUGAUUGGUUCAAAUCUUCCAAUCAUCGCCGCUCCAGGUGAUGAUGUCAUCCUGCCGUGUCACCUGGAGCCCAUGUUUGAUGUCCAGGGUCUGACGGUGGAGUGGUCCAAACCCGACCUGAAGCCCGACCCGUCAGAUGAGUACGUUCACCUAUACAGACAUGGAAAGGAGGUCCCCGACAUGAAGAUGGCCUCGUACUUCAGGAGGACGGAGCUGUUCAUGGACGACAUGAAACACGGGAACAUUUCACUGAAGAUCCUGAACGUGUCGGAGGAAGACAACGGCAGAUACAGAUGUUUCAUCCCCAAGCUGCAGAGCACAGUGAAAGCUGCUGUUGUUGAACUUGUAGUCAACCCAAACUACGGGAAAAUCUCAUCACCAGAGACACCACUGCAUCCCAGAAACCUCCGAACUCCAGAUCCUCAGGACACGACUCAGAGAAACAAUCGGUCCAGGGCCGCUGUGCUGAUCUCCAUCAUCAUCACUGUUUCUUUACUUGUAGUCGCUGCACUUGCUGCUUAUUUCUCUCGCCAUCACACAAAAGAAACAUCGAGAGGAUGAAGGGACCCAAAGCCAGCCAUGACAGUCUAGAUGUGUUGCUUAAAAGAGGCUGAUGAUAAUAGUUCAUGAAGCAUUAAAAUUUAUCUUUACAGGAUCUUCACAGCAGACUCUCCUGUCCCUUCCAGCUCAUCAUCCUCACCACCCCAGCCUUAUACUCAAGCCUCUUGGCUUGACAGUCGCCCUCCUUUGCUUGAAGCUCUGGUUUGUCACCGGCCCCCCAGUCACCUGCCUUCUUCCUGCCACCACACUCCUAAGAGAGUUGGGCCCUCCAUCGUUCAUAAUGCCUGAGGUGUGCUGGUGUCCAGUAGAGCCAUUUGAGGGUCUCCAGUGCUAGCCUCCCAACCAGCCCUCACAUCUUGGGGCAGAGACCUCUGUCACUGGCCCUGGAUCUUGUCCCAUUUUUGGCCAACUCUGUGAACUCUUCAUUUAUGUUUUGGACUUGUGUGCGCCCCCUUUGUCUUUUGUCCUUGUCUUUUUCCAACUCACACACUCACACUUCGAUAACAUUUUAAUCAGUGGGAAAACUUUGGUAGGUAGAAAAGAAACUGACCUGAAACAUUUGUACAAACAUCACCAGGCUUUGAUGGAACAAAAAGCACGAUGUAUGGAAACAGCCCUUAGAUCUAUACCUCAUGCACUCUGGGUGUGAAGAUGGCUCCUCAUCCUCCUCUGUGUACUCUGAGCCUGACAUGGAAAAGGCUUCAGAGGUAGAACCAGACCAACUGGAGUCCAACUCUGACGCAUCUGAAGAUGAGACUGGAAUGGAGAUAGAUGAAGCAGCAGUGGGAUGGACUUCUCCAUCUCCAUAUUUUGGUAUCCACAAAGAGUGUGACGUUGAACAACAUCCAAGCAGCAG